AAAGACUUAUUAAUGUGAUAAAAAUUUUUUCGUUAAAUCAUAAUAUUAAAAUAUAAACAAAUGAUUUACAUGUUGAAUUGACUAAAAUGUAUAAAUAAAUUAAAAAUCUAUUCAUCUGUGGAUCACAUGGUUUCAAUUUUGUCAUAACCUAUAUUUGAAGGACACUUAAUAUUCGUAAAAUGAUGUCGUCAUCAUCAUCAUCAUCAACAUCAUCCGAUGUUCCAAUUUGGAUUCAUCCUGAACAAGUGAUGCAAAUGCAUCGAUUAAAGAUGAAAAAGAAAGCCUUACAAGCACGAAUGAAAAAUAAAGUUGGAUUAGAUAAACCCUCUUUGGACAUAACUGUUACAUCACCAAACAAAUCGAAUACUACUAAUAAGGCGAAAAAAAGGAAAAAUCCAUUUUUAAAGGAUGAAUCAGAUAAAAAAUUUAAAGAUGAUGAUGUGAUGCUUAUGAUGGAUACAAGUACAGAUUCAGUUUUAUUUGAUUUAAUGAAAAUUCAAAAUAACAAGCAGUUGAAAGAUAAAACUGAAUCACAAUCUUUAUCAUGUUUUUUAUCAGAAUUAGAUGUUACAGACAAAGAAGUGAAUAAUAAAGAUAGUUUAAAGAAAGGGACGUUAUAUUUACCAAUUGACUGGACAUUAAAUACAAAAAUGCGAUUUAUGUCUUUAAAACCAUUUGCAUGGAAUGUAAAUUUAAAAACAAGUGAACAAGCAUCUGGUACAACUGGAUUUGUACGAUGUAUUAACACAGGAGAACAGCAGACAACUUUAGAUACAAGUCCGAAUGCACGAUUUCAUCAAUGUUGUUUAGUUUGGCAACAUCCAUCCCUUCCUUGGAUUGAAUUAUAUCCUCGUAUGAGAAGUACAAUGAAUUAUAAUAAAGUAAACAGCAAAUUAGCAAGUGAUUCACUGAAUCUAGUCAAUAAUCAAUUAAUUAAAGAUGCAUUAUAUAGUGAAUGGACUGAAAGUUUUAGAUCAUUAUUCCAUCUUUUACGUGCACAACAAUGCCCAUAUUUUUAUGUCUGCGCAAAUACAUUUACUGCCCUUUUUCGAGCUGCCGGAAUUUGCGGUAUUUCAGAGGUUCAUGUUCUUUUAACACCUACAACUCGAGGAUUCAGGCAGGCAUUAAAACAGCAAGAAAUUGAAUUUACUAUGCCAUUAAAAAUAAAAGAAGAUCAAAGUAAUAGUUUUAAUUCGAAUACGAUGUUACAAAUGGAGAAUAGAAAAAAUCCUGAUGAUGAUGGUGAUGAUGAUGAUGAUUAUGAUAAUGAUAAAGAUGAUGAUUUCAGUGAUAAUAAUGAAAAUGAAAAGGAUGAUUUAUUAGAAAGUUUAGGUAUUGAAGGUUCAGAAAUGAAAAAAAUAAAUAAAACUCAAAAACGCAGUGAUAUGAAGAAAGAUAGUCAAAUUGACAAAUUAAAACAAUCACUUAUUUAUGUAAAAGGAGUUGAAGCUCAAGCUUUAUUUAAUUUUUUAAUAAAUUGUAAAUCCGCAGUAGCAAUAACUGGUCCUUUAGCUGGAAUACCACCAACUUUAUUAGCUCCAGUUGCUUUUUAUGGUGCUACAUUGAAAUCAUUAAAGGUUCGUGAAAGUAAUGUAUGUAUAGACAAUGAUAAAUUUUAUUCUUUAGAAAUAAAAGGACCUAUAUUACCACAUACAUUACCAUCUCUUUGUUUAUUAAUGAAGUCAAGUCAAUUAGAUCAGUUUUCAGUUAGUUGUGAAAAAGUUUAUUCAACAAAAUCAUUUACUGAUCUAAAAUAUGGAUUAAAAGAUAGUGGUUUACUGGAUGAGAAAGAAAAUGAUAAAAACCAUCAAAGUGUAUUUAGUAAAGAAAAUUUAAGUGAUUGUGGUUUGAAUGAUCAAUUAUUGUCCCAUUUUUGUAGUUCUGAUCCAAAACGAAUUCAAUUGAUUGAAAGUUUAAAGUAUUCUAUUAGUGAUGGAUAUAUAUGGUGUUGAAAUUUCUUAAUGACAAAUAUUGUAUACAGUAAUAAUAAACAAAAUGUAAUAAUUUUCGUUAAAUAUAAUAGUAAUUUACAUAUCCCAUAAUAAUAUUGAUAUGUAGUAAAUAUUGGAAAAUGUAUAUGUUGAAAUGGUGAUGGUGGUAGUGACAAUAAUAUUGAAUUUUCAAUGCUGGGAAUUCAGGGAGCAGAACGCCCUUGGGUGGGGACCAUCCCCGACGUGUUAUCCCUAAAAAUAACGAAUCAAUAGUGCUGCCGUCUUUUAGUGCUUAUAGUGGCCCCGCAAUUAAGACACGUUCAUAUAAUGAUAAUAAUAAAAAGAAUAAAUUUAAAUAAAA